AUGACUAUUGAUAAUUCAUCUGACGAAAGUGAUCAACGAAUCAUUGAACUCGGUUAUGAACCAGUUCUGAAACGUGAAUUCGGUCGUCUCGCGUCAUUUUCGUUUGCCUUUUCUAUUUCGGGUCUGUACGCUACUAUUGCAACGACUUUUAUCUAUGGUCUGCAGGCAGGUGGUGCACCAGCACUUGUUUGGUGUUGGCUAAUCGCUGGUUUCGGCUGUAUGUGCAUUGCAUUGAGCGUUGCUGAACUCGUUUCUGCCUAUCCAACAUCUGGCGGUCUCUACUUUACCUUGAAACAUCUUCUGCCAGUAAAAUACAUACCGCUGACAUCGUGGAUCUGCGGCUGGUUGAAUCUUCUUGGUCAAGUCGCCGGAGUCGCGUCGACAGACUAUGGAUGUUCUCAACUUCUACUUGCAGCAGUUAGUAUGGCUACAGAAUUUCGUUAUCAACCAACUGCUGGACAUACUGUUGGCGUCAUGGCUGCCAUCAUCAUCUUGCAUGGUUUUAUUAAUAGUCUUAGUACGAAAUGGCUCGAUCGAGUGACAAGAUGGUACGCUGUCUUUCACCUCUGUGUGUUAAUAUCGGCAAGUAUCGUUCUUCUGGUGUGUCAGAAAGAAAAGCAUUCGGCGAAAUACGUAUUUGUCGAUGUUCAAUCACAUAGUGGCUGGAAUCCAACAGGAUUUUCAUUUCUGUUUGGUUUUCUUCCUGUAGCAUGGGCAAUGACAGAUUACGAUGCUACAGCGCAUAUCGCUGAAGAGAUUCAGAAUGCCGCUGUACGUGCUCCACAAGCCAUUGCUUCUGCUCUCUUUCUCACAUACGUUCUUGGUUUUCUCUUCAACAUCGUUCUUGCCUUCACUAUGGGCGACAUUAAUGAUCUGCUAGCAUCGCCUACAGGUCAACCAUUCACUCAAAUUUUCUAUAAUGUUUUUGGUGAAGGAGGCGGCAUGCUUUUUACGCUCUUUGCCUUUGUCAUUUUAAAUUUCUGUGGCAUAGCCGCUCUACAAGCAUGUGCGCGAACAAUCUUUGCUUUCUCACGUGAUGAACUUUUACCGUUUUCAAAUAUCUGGAUUCGCAUCAAUAAAUAUACGCAAACUCCUUUAAUAGCCGUAUGGUUAAAUGUGACUCUCGCUAUUACCAUCAAUCUGAUUGGACUCGGAUCUUAUACGGCGAUUUCUGCAAUCUUCAAUGUUUGUACAAUUGCACUUGAUUGGAGUUAUUGCAUACCGAUCAUAUGUAAGAUGCUCUUUAGUUACAACACGGAACGCUAUAGACCUGGACCAUGGCAUCUAGGAAAGUUUUCGUGGCUGAUAAAUUGUUGGUCAGUGGUAUGGACAUUCUUUGUGUCGAUUAUUUUUCUCCUGCCAACAACAAGACCAGUAACAGCCGGUACUAUGAACUAUGCAGUCGUUAUUCUCGUAGGCAUUCUUAUGUUCGCAAUGAUGUACUGGUACGUUGGUGGUGCGCAAAGAAAGUACAUCGGACCUCGCAGUAAACCUCGAAAAGAAGAAGAGGAGGCUCCUGAGUUCGUUCCUUCUGUACAUAAAAACGACGAAGUGACUAAGUUUUGA